GAUAUUUUUAUGAACAAAAAAAAUCAAAACAAAUGUAAACUGCUAUCAGCUUUGAUCCAUUUCAAGAAGAGAAGAACUGUUGAUAAUAAUAAUUCUUCCCCAAUUGCCAUUAUGCAAUCCCUAAUUCACCACAAAGCCAUUUUCCGAUUCCCUUCCCACACACCACUUUCCAAUUACUACCUCCCACAUAUCAGUAAGAACAAUGAUUUUCUCACGAUUCGCUCCAAAAUUGGUUUCAGAACGCUGACUAAAUGCUCCGCCGCAUCUCUUCAACCUAUACGUUAUAAUGGCUGGGACGAUUUUCAGCUCGAUUCCGGUGAGGUAAAUCAGUUUCGUAAUCUUCUUAGCUCCUCUGGAAUCGGCGAUAAGAAGUAUGUAUUUGUGUAUCUGUUUGGAUUUAUUUGCGCACUGGCGAUUUCUAGAGUUAAGGUUUCAUGGAUUAUGGUGUUUCCAGCAUGUGCUGUGGUGUUUGCUGUUGGAUUUUUGGCUGGAUUGGUUAAAGGGGGUCACUUGAAAGGGUUGAAAUUGAACGGGAAUAGGAAGAAGAUAAGUGAUGAAUCUUUAAGAGGUUGCAUUGAGGAGUUAAAGCGGAAUGAUGAGAGGGUUUUGGAGAUGAAAAAUGGAAUUGGAAGAUGCAUUGAGAGAAAUCAAGUUAGUUUAAGUGAUUUAGAAGGCUAUGUUGAUGUUAUAGGAUCUGUCAGUGUAUCUCUCCGAAAUGCAACAAAUUUUGUGGAGAGUUGUGUGCAGAGUGUAGUAGGUGGUAAACAAGACAAGGAUGGGGGUUUUCAUGAUGAUUCGGGUAGGAAAAGAAAGAAAUCGGGUGAAAACGGGUUGAAUUUCUCUCAGUAUUUUGAUGGUGUCUUUGGAGCUAAGUUUGAUGAUCCGAAGUCUGGUAAAAUCGAGGGCGUUGGUAAGAUGGACUCUGUGGAUGCAGAGGUGACUGAAAAGCUAGAAAACGUUUUAGCUUCUCCUGCCGAAGAAAGAAAUCCAAAUUCUUCAUUAAACGGAAAUUCGGACCCAUUUGAUAGCUCUAGUAGAGCUCGAGAUAGUGUUGGAUAUUAUGUUGAUGAGUCUGGAAUGGAAUAUAUGUCUUUUGGAAAUGAGAAGAAGAAUUUCGUUGAGAUGAAUGAUACUGCAAAAUCAGUUUUUGACCAGACAAUCUAUAGUUACCAGAAUAAGACAUCAAGGUUCGUGAGCAAUCAGCAGAUUCACAUGAAAGAUUGUGAGGAUGAGACUGAAACAAUGUCGUCUCACAAUAGUUUGUAUGAUUCUGUGGAUGUUAGCAUCAACAUGAACCGUGUAAAAACUUCAGCGACUUCUGGUCGCCAGAAGAAAAGCAAAACCACAAAUAGAAAUUAUCUGCAUCCUGAAAACAUGGAAAAGGACAUACUAGAUUCUCAUAGAUAUCCUUUUGAGAAUGUGGCUUUUGAGCCCGAAAAAGAACCGAACUUUCCCAAUCAAGAGUCUUCAUAUGAGAAUACCUUUGGUUCUUCUCCAUCUUCAUCAUGUAAUGAUGAUUCGAAAUUCAAUAGGUAUCUUGUGGAAGCUAAUGAUCUUUUGAAAGAAGCAAAGAGGUGCUUGGCACAACAAGUUGAUGAUGGCAGAGCCGAGCAUGCACUGCAUAAGUCUGCAACGCUACUCUCGGAAGCAAUAGAAAUGAGGCCGAUGAGUUUAUUGGCCGUGGGCCAGUUGGGCAACACAUAUCUACUUCACGGAGAACUAAAACUGAGAACGACCCGCUACUUGAGAUCGCUGAUUGUCAAACCUGAUCAACUUGCUAACAAAGACAAGAUUAGAUCUUCUCUUGUCGUUGCUUGUGAAGAAUGUGAAGAACUCCUGAUUAAGGCAGGAAGGAAAUACAGAUUGGCCAUGUCAAUUGAUGGGAAUGAUAUGAGAGCCUUGUAUAAUUGGGGCCUCGCUCUUACCUUCCGUGCCCAAUUGAUCGCAGAUAUUGGACCGAGUGCUGCUCGUGAUGCCGACAAUGUUUUCUUGGCCGCCAUAGACAAGUUUGAUGCCAUGAUGUCCAAAAGCAAUGUUUAUGCCCCUGAUGCUCUUUUCAGAUGGGGUGCUGCAUUGCAGCACAGGGCUCAGCUGAGGCCAAGUCGUAGUAGAGAAAAGGUGAAGUUACUGCAGCAAGCAAGGCAAUUGUACGAAGAUGCUCUUCAGAUGGAUUCAAGAAAUCCUCGGCUACGACAAGCCCUGUCGUCCUGCGCGUCGGAAUUGGACUAUUGGUAUACUUGAACAUUGAGAUUGUUGAUGAAAUGGGUAAAUGUUUAACAUUAAAUUCCCAUCCAGAUAGGAGUUAAAAGUACACUAUGAUCGCUGGAUUAAAUAGACGAUCCAUCGAUCCAUCUGCUAACGUGAUGUGACACCCAAACACACCUAACACGAUAGGCGGGCAUUUGCAUCAUCACAGCCAGCAAGGAACUCGUUGGGCUGCAGACAAGUGGCUCACGCCUACCUGCUGCAUAGCGUCGACUCGCCACUCUACUACUACUCGUCCCUCAACUCGUACCGGACGCUGAGUCAUCGUCUGAAUAACGACCUGAGGAAUAUGAGGAUAUUAUUCAAACAAAUUUUUCAUUCUAAAAUGCUAACAUUCGUGCAAUGGAUGUGAUUUGUGCACUUUUUUGUCUCACUAAGAGAUUGUGAGGGAGUGGUAUGAAUCACUCCCGGUUAUAAGGGAGAUAGAAGGUGAGACAAAGUGAGGUUAAAUGAGGAAUCAUUAUUGAUCAUCUUUAAAAAAAAUUAAAAAAAGUAAGUUAUUAUAACAA